AUGGAGGUCUUGACACACCUAGCAGAAACACCCGGCCGCAAUACCACCUCUCAUGGCCAUUUCCAACCACCCCUCGCCGCCAGCGACUUUCAACCUCGCAGCACUCCCCACACUGGGGACAAAAAAAAAGCCCAAGCCCGCCGGCCCAUCAAGGGUGUAGCCGUCGUCGGAGCCGGGUAUAGCGGCGUCGUGGCAGCAGCCCAUCUGUUCCGGUACGGCUUCAACGUGCGCGUCUUUGAGCGCGGGUCCAACGUCGGCGGGAACUGGCUCUUCGACAGCCGCGUGCCCCAAGACCCGGCCUUUCCGAGCGACCGGCCCGAGACGCCGCUGCAGGACGUCACGCACGCCCCGCCGGGCCCGUGCUACGCGGGGCUCAAGAACAACGUCCCGACCACGCUCAUGCGCAGCAGCAUCGUGGACUGGCCCGCCGGCACCCCGGAGUUCGUCACGCACCGGGAGGUCGAGGCUUACAUCGCCUCGAUAGUCGACGAAGCCGGCAUCGAGCAGCUGAUCGAGCUCAACACGGCCGUGCUGCAUGUUUGGAAAUCGCCCAGUGGAAAGUGGCACGUUCGGACGAAGGGCAUGGGCGAUGGCGACGGGUUCCAGGAGGGUGUGUGGACGUUCGACGCCGUGGUUGCUGCUUCUGGCCACUACCACGUCCCUCGCGUUCCUGAAAUUCCGGGACUGGCUGCCUGGAAGGCACUGUUCCCGCACGCCAUCACGCACUCGAAGCAGUACCGCGGACCCGAGACUUCUGGGUUCGCAGGCAAGAACGUGCUCAUUGUCGGAGCUGGCGUUUCGUCUCUGGAUAUCCUCAAGGAGACGGCUUCCAUGGCGAACAAGGUCUACCAGUCCUCGCGGGGGGGACUGUUUGACCUGCCGACGACCAUGUUUCCCGACAGCAGCAACGUGGAGCGUGUUGCAGGGGUGCUAAGGUUUGAGCUCCCAGACCCAACCUCGAGAGAACAGCCGGCAGGCUCCCACAAGCACCUGCCUGGCACUGUGCAUCUGUCGGACGGCACGGUUCUCGACGACAUAGACCACGUCGUCAUGGCCACCGGCUACAUAACCUCAUACCCUUACCUCGGGCCACGCAUGCAGAGGCCGUGGCUUGAUUUGCAAGAUGCGCGCAAGACCAAGGAUCACGAGGUGAUUGUUACGGCGGACGGGCUCAUCACCCACAACCUCCACAAGGACAUCUUCUACAUCCCUGAUCCGACCUUGGCAUUCGUCGGUGUUCCAUAUCACAUCUCGACUUUUUCAUUCUUUGACAUCCAGGCGCAGGUAAUAGCACGAGUCUUUGCCGGAGACGCGCAGUUACCUCCCAGGGCAGAGAUGGUGGCAGAGUUCGAGGGGCGGUGGGUCGCUGACGAUGGGGAGACGAUGCUUGACCCAGUGUCGCUUGGCAAGACGUUCCAUAGUCUGUAUGGGCAGGAGGAUUCAUGCACGGAAGAGCUGGUAGCGUGGGUGAACUCGCAGGUGGAAGCAGCAGGUGGAGAGCCGAUGCGGACUUUGGGUGCGGCGUGGAAAACCAGGUACAAAGAACUGGUUGAGACGAGCGUGGCUGUGAGAAAAGACUGGUCAGUUGUUCAGAGUGCAUCCUAG